GUAUCAACACAGGACGGCAGAAUAAAUUUAAUAUACAAUACAAUAAAGUUGAUAAUGAAAAUAAAAGGCUUAAGAGGAGAAAGUUAUAUUACCACCCGAUCGUGGGGCAAUGCCAUGGACCAGAAGAGCCCAGGAAAACUACACAGUUCAACUCCAAAACUUGGGUUUCAUAUUUAUAUUUUGGGCAGAAACGCGCCAAGGUGUUAUGUGAGCCUUGACAAUUCAUGCACACUGGAGACUGACAAGGAACAUAUUAUUAUUGUCACUCCCUUGAAACGUUGUUCAAACAGUUUCUCCAAAAUUAACAGGCAAGUUAAUAUCGAUGUUCAAACGACAAUAAUCGAUGUUUACAUUAUGUCGACAUUUCUAGAAAUAAAAUCGUAG